AUGUCAAGCGUUUCAAUGAUUGAUCAGUACAAUUCACAUGAAAACUUCGAUAAACUCAAUUCAUUAACUCGAACAGUUCACAAUAACACAUCUAAUAAUGAUCAAUAUAAACAGAAGUUACUUGAAAAACUCGAACAUGAUAAUCGAAAUGGUGGCUCGUCAUUUCUUGAUACGCUUGAAAAACUUCGUUCUGAACAGCGUAUACAAUUAGCGCAAGCUGAACGUAAUUAUUAUAAUCAACAGGCAACAUCAUCAUCGCUUGAUUUACCCAACUAUACUCAGGAAAGUCAAAUACAAAACAAGCAUGAGACAAUAGUAACAGCAAAACCACCAUUACCAAAAGCAUCAAAACAAUUACCAUCACCUGUAUUUUUAACUGAAGAACGCGCUCAACAUCAUAUGAAUCAUCGUUCAAUGUCUUCUAAUAUCGUUCGAAGACAUGAUGAUGACAUAGCUUUUUGUCCACAUCGAACAUCUGUUGGAAAUUCAACAGCAACAACUACACACGAUCUAACAACCAAUCAUAUGAAAACCCAAAUACAGAGCAUGUGGAACGAAUUUGAGUUGGAUGAUUAUAUCGAAAAUAGAAAAAAUCGCCAUUCAUCGACAGCAGCUAGUUGGGCUGGUCGUAUUACAAUUCCAGCGCCGUUUGCACUUACAAACAGUAUGACUAUGGAUAGUGUACAUCGAAAGAGAUGUAUGCAUGAUAUUGAAGCAGCAAAAUUACAAAAAGAAGUUGACGAAGAACUUAACCUUCGUCGUUCUUUCAAAGCUAAUACUGUUCCUGCUCAUGUUAACUUGCCGUUAUAUGAACAAUUGCAAGAAGAUCAACGUUUUCGUCGUGAGCAAAUUCACCAAAUGACAAGAGAAUAUUUAUCAUCAAUAUCGAAACCAUUUAGUUUUGAUUCACGUGAAAAGGCUAAAACAGUAUUAAGACGACAUUCAUAUUCUGGAGGGGAUAUGAUUCAAUCUGAUUCUAAAUUUAAAGCUAAACCCUUACCAGAUUUUUAUUAUCAAACACGCCAAGAAAACGAACAAAUGAAGGAACAAGAGGUUUACCGUUCAAUUCGAAGAAACAUACGCUCAAAAGAAUUACUUCGAAAAUCUCGCUUACCAUUUAGUAAUAAAAAAUCGAAACAAUCACGACGUUCAAUGAGUGCCAACGAUUUAGCACGUAUUGGUUACGAAGAAUUUUCUUUUAAACCAAAAACAAAUAGUUAUUAUGUUCCAAAUUAUGAUAAACUCCAUUCAAAAUUUACACGUAAUAUGGAACAAUCAAAACGUAUGCGAUCACCAACAAAAUGUAAACCAUUUUUAUUGUAUACUAAUUUAAUUCCAUCGAAAAAAGAGAAAAUUCUCGAUGAUAUUAGAAAGGAUCACGAGUUAAAACAUUCUCAAACAUUUCGUAUUAAAGGAAAACAAAUGCCAACAAAGUCAGCAUCAUUAACAAAUUUAUCAGCUAGUUUUCAACAGUCUGAAGCAAUACCAACAAAACAAACUGAAGCACAACGAUUAAGAGAAGCCGUUGGAAAGAAAAAAAGACGAGAACAAGAACAUGAAAAUAAACUUGAAGAAACACUUCAAAGAUCAAAAUCAGCAAAAGAUAGAAAAAUCAGGGAAGAAAUUCGUGAACGAACUAAAUUACAAGAUCAAGCAGUUAUUUCGAAAGGAAAACGAGAUGAAAAUGCACGUAAAUUACGACAGUCAAUGCGUAGAAGUGAAGAUGACUAUGCAAAGAAAUUAGAUGAAAUGAAAGAGCGUGUUCAACAACGUCCACUAUUGAUUCAACAAGAUUCAAGGCAAAAAGCUGUUCGAGAAUUAGAAAGAAAAAUUCAGUAUGCUAUGAAUAUAGCAGAUGUUACCGAACAAGAUUUAAUCAGGCAGCAAUUGAAUUCAUUGAAUGGAGGAGUUACUACAACUACCACGACUUCGUCAUCGUGA